AGUAUGAUAGAGGUCAUGACUGGGAGCAGCAGGUUGGGUGUGAUCAGUGGGUGUGUGUUUUUUGGCAUAUGACGUGGGAGGAGGGGUGGCACAAGGCCAGUCGUUGGGGACCAGUGUCUCAAUGGGGGCGUGAGUCCGUAUUGGCCAGUGUGUUUAUUGGGAGAGUGUGUGUACUGUUAGUAUAUUGGAAGGGUGGAGGAGCGGGGACUAGUGUCUCAGUGUGUGUGUGUGUGUGUGUGUGUGUGUGUGUGUGUGUGUGUGUGUGUGUGUGUGUGUAUGCGCGCCUGUCCUCGUCUGUCCUCGUGGCGCUGCAACGGAGGACGCGGGGCGGUCACAGACGGUCCAGGCUGGAGCCGGGGUAGGAGACAGACAAACACGCAGCAGAAGCAGCAGAAGAGGCGGUGGCAGCCACGGGCGGGCGUCCGACCUGGAACCUGAAGGCAGUUGGUCCAGUCCCGUGUGUCCGUCAGCCCGAGGGCCAGCCCCCACCUCACGCCGGGACCUCCCAGACUCUCUCAGGGUCCUUCUGGCCUGUCAGUGCCCAUGGCCACGUCUGGCGCCCGUGGGGAGAAGGUCACCAUGCAGGAACAUAUGGCCAUCAACGUGAGCCCGGGGCCCAUCCGCCCCAUCCGCCAGAUCUCCGACUACUUCCCCCAUUUCUACCCCUUUGCUCCUGCCCUGCUUCGGGCCCGGCCAACACUGCCUGCACUGCCUGACGGGGGCAACCCUGUGGAGGAAGCCAGGACCCCAGCAGUGAAGCCUGGAGGCUCUCAGCUUCCCCAGGGCCUGGAGGCAGAGCAGGAUGGAGACUCAGAUGAGACCACUGCUCUGGGUUCCCUUGAAUUCACCCUCCUCUUGGACCAGCAGAACUGUGUCCUGCACUGCACGAUCCAUCGGGCCAAGGGUCUGAAGCCCUUGGACUCAGGCUCCAUCGACACCUUUGUGAAGGCAAAUCUGUUGCCAGGAACAAGCAAGGCAAGUCAGCUGCGCACCCGGACAGUGAGGGGCAGCCGAGGCCCUCACUGGGAUGAGACGCUUACCUACCAUGGCUUCACCUGCCAGGAUGCUGGGCGUAAAACUCUGCGGCUGUGCGUGUGUGAGGAGUCCCGCCUGAGGAGGCGGGCAGAGCCCCUGGGGGAGCUGCGAGUGCCCCUGAAGAAGCUGGUGCCCAACCUGACACGAAGCUUCAACAUCUGCCUGGAGAAGAGGCGCCUGACCAAGAGGCCCAGGAGCCUGGACACUGCCCGGGGCAUGUCCCUGUAUGAGGAGGAGGAGGUGGAGGCAGCCGGAGAGGAGAGGGGCCGGAUUCUGCUGUCGCUCUGCUACAGCUCCCAGCGGGGGGGCCUGCUGGUGGGGGUCUUACGCUGUGCCCACCUCGCCCCCAUGGACGCCAACGGCUACUCGGACCCUUUUGUGCGCAUCUUCCUGCGACCAAACGUGGGGAAGAAGUCCAAAUACAAGACAACGGUCCGGAAGAAGACCCUGAACCCCGAAUUCAAUGAGGAAUUCUUCUACGCGGGGCAGAGAGAAGAGCUGGCCCAGAAGACCCUGCUGGUGUCAGUGUGGGACUACGACCUGGGCACGGCCAACGACUUCAUUGGUGGGGUGCAGCUGAGCAUCAAUUCCACUGGGGAGAAGCUACGGCACUGGCGUGAGUGCCUGGCCCGCAGCGACCGGCGCCUGGAGCUGUGGCAUCCGCUGGACGGAGCGCCCCCUCAGCUCAGCGACUAGGCCUGGAGAGGAGAGCCCG